AUGGGCAAGCUUCCGAGCUUCAGUAAUGUAUACCUGAUCAGUGGACUAACAACCAUCGGAGGCCUUAUUCAGGGCUUCGAUGUGUCGAGUAUGUCUGCAAUCAUUGGUACCAAUCAAUAUAAGGAAUACUUCCAUAAACCCAACGCAGUUUUGCAGGGUGGAAUUACUGCAAGUAUGGCAGGUGGUUCUUUGCUCGGCUCAUUGUUCUCGUCGUGGACGAGUGACCGUUUUGGCCGUCGUGAUUCUUUGUUUAUUGCAUGCAUCGUGUGGUUGAUUGGGUCUACACUGAUGUGUGCCGUUCAAAAUGUGCCGAUGUUGAUUGUUGCCCGGAUUAUCAAUGGCUUCUCUGUGGGCAUGCUCACCAGUCAAGGUCCUAUCUUGAUUGCUGAAAUCAGCCUUCCUCACCAACGAGGCCGUCUACUUUCUUUGCAACAAUGGAUGAUUACUUGGGGUAUUAUGAUCAUGUACUUCAUUAGCUAUGGAGCAUCUUUCAUGGGAAAUAAUGGUGUAUUCCGUCUUCCUUGGGCUAUUCAGAUGUUACCUGCAAUCCUCCUGCUAUUUUGUCUUCCGCUGAUGCCACGUUCUCCCCGUUGGCUAGCGGCACAGGAUCGAUGGGAGGAAGCAGUCGAUGUUCUUGCCCGACUACACGCCAAGGGCAAUACUCUAGACCCCGUUGUCAUUGCACAAACUACCGAGAUCAGGGAAAAGAUUGAGGCGGAGAAGAAAUACCAGAGCUCGUCUUGGAUGGAACUGUUCAACUCUCGCAAUAUAAUUCGCGUUCACUGUGGUAUUUUUACCCAUGUCUGGUCACAACUUUCUGGCACCAACGCUCUGAUGUACUACAUCGUUUAUAUCUUCCAGAUGGCUGGUUUAUCUGGAAAUAACACCCUCAUAUCCGCCUCCAUCCAGUAUAUUAUCAAUGUUGUCAUGACCUUACCGGCUCUAAUUUUCAUCGACAAGCUUCCUCGUCGCCAGCUGUUCAUCUUUGGGGCACUUGGUAUGGCUGUUUUUCAGUUCACACAGGCUGGUAUCAUGGCCACCUAUGGUCACUAUGUUCCUGGUGGCUUGCCUGGGUCGCCCACUGUCACCUGGAAAGUUACGAACCCCAAGGCCUCGAAGGCGCUAAUCGCUUGUUCAUACUUGUUCAUCGCAACAUAUGCGCCCACAUGGGGGUCCACUCGGGUGGUUCGUGAAUCUCGAUACAAAGUCUCAAUUCUUCUCCACCGAAAUACUGACGCAGUCUCAAUUAGGGCUUACCCUCCGGAAAUCAUUCCCCUCUACAUCCGCAGCAAGGCCGUCUCUCUUUCCACCUUUUUCAACUGGGGAUGCAACUUCGCCCUCACAUUCUUCACCCCGCCUGGAUUUCAAAACAUCCAGUGGAAGCUGUAUUGUAUCUUUGGCACCUUUUGUCUUCUCGCCGCUUUGCAUGUCUUUUUCCUCUUUCAGGAAACAUGCGGCAAGUCUUUGGAAGAAAUUGAUGACAUUUUCGAUAAUCAAAGCAUCUGGGCCUUCAAGGCCAAGAAGGAGCCUAGUCGUUUUGUAGCUGAUAUUGAGCAAGCGAAAGAGGAUCUCGAUGCCGGGCAGGUGGAUAUCAAUCAUGUCGAGGCCGGCAAGUCUUCAACUGUAUAA